UCAUGCAAAGUAAUGUAUCUUUAAAAAAUGGACAGACAUCUAUAUCAGCAGAAAUAAGUAAAAAAGUUAAGAACACAAGACAAAAUGAAGCUGCUCGUAAAGUCAAACCAACCUUAAUACCAAUGCUCAAAUCUAGUACACGCAAAGUACCAACAAAAGAAACAUCGAAUUCUGCAAUGAAAAGUGUGGCUAAGAGACCAAAUUUUGAACAUAAUAAUGUUCAAAGAGUUCAACGUUUAAAUAUAGAUAACGAUAUUUGCCCCGGGAUUGCGUCACCGCCAAAAUCGGUAACAACAGCAAGGCCGAUUCCAACCUUACAACACAUCUAUGGACAAGAUUUAAGCAAUGAAACAUUUGCCGAGUGGUUGUUAGAAACUGUAAGUGAAUAUCAGGAUGCUCCAGAACACUUCGCAGACACGACAAGCGAGGAAGCCCAAAGAGAUGUAUCGGAUUGUCGCGUUUCUAUGAAUAUUGCGAACAAUGAACUGAAUAAUUUAAGCAAUAGUUUUAUAAAUGUACCAGAAGUGUUGACCAUCAAUCCUACAGGCAGUUUUAAAAGUACAAACGAAAAUGUACAGGACUGGCUGUCUACAAAAUUAGAUUGUCCUACAAGAGACAAUGAAUCUGACAUUUUACUUGGCGACAAACCAACAUACGUUAUUAAUCAAACGAAAGUAAAUUCUUCACAAUUUAACAAAAAAAAAACAUGGAUUCCCAAAUUGAAUACAGAAAUAAAACUUGAUACAAAACAAACAGAUAUUCAAAUACCAGUUAAAUAUCCAUCUUAUUCAAUUCCAUUGAGAAACCUGGAAAAUAAUGGAAAAAAAACUAGUUCUUACGUAGAUUGUCCGUCUGAAGUACUUCAAAAAACUACAAAUUUUGACACAAACGUCACAGAUAGUAAUAUCGACUGGUCGAGAUUACAAAGGUUACGAGACUAUACUAUAAAUGGAAAAUCUUCGAAAACAUCAAUUCUUACAAAUGAACCUUGGCAAUUAAGUUUUUGUGAUGAUAAAGAUGAGCCCUAUUCCAUUAAAUCCCCAGAUAAGAACAGUUAUCAUGAUUAUUAUUACCAUUACUGCUGGAGAAAAGAAGUAGCGAAGAAAAGUAAAGCUGUGCAGGACCUUUGGGACUGCAAAGGAAGAUGUAGGAAAUGCCAGGGACAUAGGAUAUCUCCUUAUCAGAAAAAAUUUCUUGCCCUUGGUCAAGGCAUGUGCAACUUACUCUCAAAUUAUCUACACUACUGUUUGAAGAGUUUUUGA